ACUCUGCAUUGAUUAGAUUUUUAAAGAACCCAGUGAUUACAGCGCUUAGUUCAUUGUUAUUGGAACUCAAAAUGGGGUACAACAGGGGAUUAAAAUUUGGUACAGCGUUCACUGUACUAAUAGUUCUAGUCGCAAUUUAUUAUAGAAAUUCAGAGAGCAUUCUUCAGAAACGUUUGCAAGCUUUGAUCCAUGGCUUGGAAAGACUUGAAAAUAAACACGUGAUGUCAUCACGACCAAAAGUUGCGAUAGGUUAUGGCGUGUGCACCGACGUAUACGUCAAUGCUAAAGAUUUACUCAACUAUUCCGAUGAAGUCGGACAACCACAACAUUUUGAUGAAAUCAACACAGAGCUAGAACUCUUAAAAAGCUUCGCUUAUUAUUUUCGCCAUGGAGCUGCUGCAGAGAGAUACAUGGCAAAUAGGACACUAUUUGACAAUCUUGUUGCCAAAGCUCGUUCAUUUCCAUCUUCAUAUUCUACCAUUGGUGGUAAUGCAGCAGUUAUGGCCUUAAGAUUUGCAAGAGAAGGGUGUGAUGUUACACUUGCUGCAAAACUGACUAGAUCCUUGCAUCAAAUGAUACCACAGGUUAUUAAUAUCGUAGGGGGUGAAGUCAAAAGGGAUGACAUUCAUUUAGUAAUUGAAUACAAGCAUGGAGAUAUUUGGGGUCCAUAUUCCAGUGCUAGAGCUAAUAGGUACAUAGUUCACAAUGAUGCCAAUAAUCCUAGAAUUAGUUCUCUUGAUGCAUUUGAUAAACUACUGUUAACAUACGAGCCUAACUUACUUGUUAUCAGUGGUCUACAAAUGAUGGAUAAUUAUCCAUUUCCUAAUGGUGAUAGACAGAAACUUUUGCGUAAAGUAAAGAAACAAAUGAUGGAUCGAUCUGCAUCGACUAAGAUUCAUUUUGAAAUGGCCUCGUUUGCGGAAGAUAAAUUACUUUUUGAGCUUUGCGACUCGAUUAUUCCAUUUGCCGAUAGUUUAGGGAUGAAUGAGCAAGAAAUAGCCAACUUGCAUAACGCGAUGUAUUACGGAAAUAUUUCAUUAGUGGCAAAUUCAACGCCACGUAUAGCGACAGUCUUAGAUCAAAUGCGAACGUUAUUCAAAUUGAUACGUAUGAAAAGCAAGACUAUUGAGCAUUCUCGAGAAUUAACUAGAAUUCAUGUACACACGUUAGCCUAUCAAGCUAUAUUUACUGUAAAAGGCUCUAUAUGGAAAAAUACGAUGGCUGCGGCAGCCAAAGCAUCACUAACAGCUCAUAGACACGUAUGCGCGACGAGCCAUGUCGACAUUAGUAAAGCUGCGUUGAUUUUAGACGAUAGUUUUUCGACGUCUAUCGUUGAUGGCAUCCGGAUAGCACUAGAUAUUGAGAAACCAGUGUCCUGUUGGGACGAAACAUUAAAGAUAGAAAGCAAAGAUGUUAUUAUUCAAGUUUGUGUGGCACCAGUAUUAGUUUGCACCGAAGCAGCGCAAACUGCUGGCGGCGGAGAUAACAUUUCAAGCGCGGGCCUUGUACUACAGAUUUAAUGUACUGUUUGUACUUUUCAAGAUAAUUGAGCGAUAUUGAAUUUUCGUACUACUUUAUUACGAUACUCACGAAGUCAAAUUAGAUUUUAGUGCACAGCAGCUUUGGAAACUUAGAUUAUAAUUCAUUCCAUGGGCUAUCAUUCCAACAUAUACAACACGUUCGUUAUUGUUUUCUGAUAUGCAGAUGUUGUUCAUAGGUUAAGGAACAGCAAUCUUUUAAUAUUUUAUUCUGUGUUGUACUUAUGUAUGUUAAAAAUCACAGGGCUUAAACAUAGUAUUAAAUAAUAAUGGUAAUGAUUUGAAUUAUUCAAGUAUCUAACUUUAGAUACUGAUUUUCACAUAUAAAAAGUAUGUAAGCAUUUUAUCUCCUUAUACAUAAUAAAAAACGCGUUUGAAACUAUGCAUAAUAUCGAAUGACAUUUUAAAAAAAGAACAAAGUAUAAUAAAUAUUAUAAAAAUUAAAUGUCAUUUUAUUUCAUGCAUAGAACGUUUCAACACUACUUUUAAAAUUGGAAUUAAUUAAUUAUUGUUCUAAUUUGCGUGCCCUGUACAUACAGUUUGAAGUUUGUUGCCGUUCAUUUCAUUGUAAUGUAGUAAAAAUAUCGUUAAGCCUCAAAAUAAUUUUUAAGUAAUUAAGUGACAUUUGAGAAAUUACAAUAUGGCAAUACUAUAUAGCACCAUUGGGCAUGUUAUUUAUGCCCAAUAUACUUGAUGAAUUUUCAAAUUCAUUUUCUCGAAAACAAAACGUCAUAUGAAAAAAAUUUAUUGUCUAUUUUCGACUUAUUCUUUUAUGUAAAAUCACCCCGUACAUGAUUGUAUCAUCGAUUACGGGACACGCUGUAUAAUUCAUGUUAUGUGCCAUGCAAUACCUGUAUUUCUUAUUUAGCAUUACCUGGCAUUAUUGACGAAAACAAGGCAUUGAAUUAUAUUGUAUUGUAUGGAAGGUUGUGCGCUGCAGGGUGAAGUUAUGUGAUAAAGCACUUAAAAAAACCUAUAAAAUAAUUUUCAAAUAAGAAAACAAAAUUCCAAGAAAAAGAAUAAACAAAGCAUAGUUGAAUAAUGCAAUGAAAAA